AUGGAACGAGUCGUCAUUGUGGGAGCAGGUCUUUACGGUCUCAUCGCAGCGAAGACAUACCUACAAAUCGUCGGGGCAUACGACGAAAAAGGCACAACCAAUGGCACCGAGGAAAUCGUCGAUAUUCCCCUCUGCUUCGCUGGGAGUAUCGACGCUUCCCAAAUAACCUCCUCCGAGCGUCGCCUUCUUGUGAUUGACUCUGCCUCCGAUAUUGGAGGUACCUGGGCUGAGGAGCGUCUGUACCCAAAUUUGUUGAGUCAAAACUCGUAUGGGCUUUACGAAUUCAGUGAUCUGCCUCUUUCCGACGUUGUUCCAGAGGAACAUGCGGAUGAUACACACAAUCAGUUCAUUGCAGGUUGGAAGAUCAACCGUUAUCUCCAUGCUUGGGUUGAAAAAUGGCAACUCAAGAAACACAUAAGAUUGAAUUGGAAGGUGGACGACAUCACCCGUCUAGAAACCAAAGAGUGGCAGCUCAAUAUCAGCGUGCUCACGUCCCCAGCUCGCCGCAUCACCAUUAUCUGCGACAAGUUGGUCCUAGCUACUGGACUGACCUCGGUACCAAACACGCCCGAUACGAAGGAAUCAUCACUCGCCUCCGACAACCCUAACCCAGUCAUUCAUGCCAAGGAUAUUGGAGAAUGGGCUCGAGAACACCUGGGAUAUCAGCCACUGAAAGCACCGAAGUCCGAUACUGUUGGGAUCCCAGCCAAAGAGUCCGCUUAUCCACAACUGCGAUCGGUUGCUGUCUAUGGUGGCGCAAAAUCAUCCUUUGAUCUAGUCCAUUUCUUUGCGACUCUUCAUCGCAACGACUCAAAGCUGCACCUCAAGUCUACACAAGAUAGUCCAAUCCAGGUACACUGGAUCAUCCGUGAUCGAGGCGUAGGGCCCGCGUGGAUGGUGCCCCCAAUGUCUACUCUCCCAAAUGGUGACACCGUUGCAAGCGACAAGGCUGCCAGCACCCGAUUGAUCACCCACCUCACGCCGUGCUGUUACGAGAUUCCAAAACGCCUGUCUCUCGGGUCUUCCGGGGGUCUCCACUGGGAGGGCUCAUGGCUAGCUCGGUUAUUCCAUGGCAACCCAGUAGGCCGAUGGUGGGUUCGUUGGCUCUGGCGAUCGAUUGAUAAAGGUUUGGAGGAGACGGCGCAAUAUAGCUCCGAUGCGAAGAUGGAAAUGCUUCGCCCAGAGAACAGUGUUGUCUCCUGUGCAUCUGGUAUUGGUAUCGCAAACCAAGGAGACCUCUGGGAAACAAUUAGAUUGCCCCAUGUCAACGUGUACCGAUCAUCCAUUACGGAAAUUGUCGCUUCUGAGCCAGAAAAAACCACAGGUUCAUCCACAAAAGCCUCAGUGCACCUUUCAGACAGCAAUUGCAUUGAUGAAGUAGAUUUGGUCGUCCACGCAACCGGAUAUAAGCCAAUAGUCCCGAUUCGGUUUCAACCUGCAAGUCUCCGUCUGGAACUGGGGCUGUCCGCGCUGGUGGACUCUGGGUGCGAGGAUAGUCCCGAGAGUUGCGAAAUUCCAGCGGGGACACCGGAGCGAAUCCGUGGACCGCUGGAAUCAAGCAUAAGAGACCGCAUCCAGCACUGGGAAGAUCUAGAUCAACGCUCUGAAGUCAUGGUGAGAAAGACUUUGAAUGCGACGAGAUGCGCUUUCACAGAUCGGAGUCCUCCCUCAUGGGCCCAGUCUCAUAGACUGGUGCCAUAUCGCCUAUUCCGUCGUAUGGUUGCUCCUGAAUUAGUCGCACAAGGUGAUCGCUCUUUUGCAACACUCGGUGUUAUCUUAUCAUCAACCAUUGCUGUUGUUGCGGAGGUUCAAGCUCUUUGGGUGGCUGCAUUCUUGACAGGAGGGCUUGAGUCCCCCAUGGACACCAAGUCAGACCCACUCAAAGCUCUCUCACUUGAAACCCUUUCACUGCAGGCCAUGGAGAAUGCUAUCUCCGAAGAUGUGGUCCUGGGGUCAUUGACGGGAACUGGCCUUGAGGUUGAGGCCAUUCAGUACAAUGACAUGCUCCUGCGCGAUUUAGGACUCAAUCCUAAUCGACUCGGGGGUGGGUUCUACACCGAGUUGACGGGGGUGUAUAGGCCCUCGGUGUAUGCUGGAAUUGUGGAUGAGUGGAAGAAAAAUAGGACGGCGGGGAAAUCGUAG